UAUAGACCUAAACAGAAAACCACCCGGAGACAAUUGUUGAAUGGAAUCUGGUAUCUAUUUAAUUAUUAAUCGGUGUACUUUUAGUAUGAUGUAUUUCAUACGCACCAAUGAUGUUGCUCAGGGCUUUAGGUUAUCAGAAAUGGAUGGAUCCCCGGCCUCCAGAUUGCAGGAAUAUCUAUGUCUUUAAAAGGAAAUCGAAUGACUCAUAUAGCGUGACUCAUAGCGCGGUAUAAAUUUAAAAAGACCCUUUGACUGAUGCGUUUGCAGUACGUCUAACGACGUUUCUCUUUGUCCGAAUAGCACAUUGAGAACUGCUUGCCUCUGAAAUAUUGGCUUUUGAAUUUUUAUAGUUUGUUGAAGAUUUUUUUCACAAUGCAUGUUCGCUGCUAUUGUCCAUACCUCUUUUUCUGUCUCAUUUUUCAGGCACAUUUAGCUGUGUACCCCUGCUCUCUGAAAAGCACAACAUGUACAUCAGGGCUUGUAUAUCGGCAAGAGAAGUGUGUCCCAUGUCCACCGAAGACGUACUGGCUGAUGAAGCAAGGCAGGGCUCAGUGUGAGCGCUGUACAGAGGUCUGCUCAGGUCAGCGUCACCUGAAGCAGGUGAAAGCCUGUACAAACAGCUCCAAUCGUGAGUGCCACUGUGAUGCAGGCUUCUUCUGUGCAAGUCCUGCACAGUAUACCUGCAGAAGGUGCUUACCAUGCCCACCUGGCACCUUCUCCGGCACCCCAUCCCGUAACAGGUUCUGCCGGUCCCACUCAAAGUGUAUUAGUGCGGACAUGGCAGUGGUUAUAGAAGGCACUGCAACUCAUGACCAAGUCUGUGGUUCUACCACAACUAGACCUGGGGAUAUUAUCCAAGGCAACAGAACCAAGAAUGUCAGAUAGCAGUAUGAAGAGAGCAAGGCAGCAUCAAGGAGAAAGGCGAGAAGACCAAACAGCUCUAAGACCAAACAAUGCAACUACCCCAUUCCCUGAAUAUGCCAGACUACCGUGAGCUUUACUGUGAAAACAAUUUAUAAUGAAAUUGAAACCCUAUAACGUAACAGGAAAACUGGUAUCCUCGAUUUCCCUACUCCUAUAAAUAUAGUGGCUACCAGAAGUAUUCAACACAUUUACAUAAAUUACAAAUUGAUACAUUUCCACAUUCUUCCUGUCAAUAUUAUUAUUACAAAUGACCUGUAUCUCCAAACCGAUAAAUGUCAAUCAAAUAAAGUCCCUUGGUUUGUUCCAGCUGCAACAUGGAUUGUCCCUUCAUCCUCCAUCAUGCCCAUCCAGAACAAUCAAAUCAUUUCUCUCAUGUGAAGUAUUAUCAAUCAAUAAAAUGAUUUUAUGGAUGAUAACUUUCCUUACAAAUGAAUUUAUCUGAAGGAAUCUAUGUUGGUGGCCAUGACAGACCUCUCAAUUGAGCCUCCAGAUUUUUUCCUGGCUUGGACCCAAGUUCAGAGAUUGCAAAUACCAAAAAAUAGAUAAGAUCAGGGUUGUAUGGAGGACAGUCUUGCCAAAAACUAACUACAAAAAGAUUUCAAGGUUUGAAAGCUAAAGGAUCUGUCAAAGUGUGAGAAAUGCUCCAUAUGGUGGCCCUGAAGGUCAAAACACAACGACAUUUCAGAAAAAACAUUUUAAAAAACGCGACAUUUCAGAACACACAACGACAUUUCAA